ACUCGCACUCAGACGGGUUUUCCGCUGAUUUCGUUCAACCAAAAAUUCAUAUAUAACAAAUAAAUAAUACAAUUUAACGCUAACACAUAACUGCACCAUACAAUUUAAAGUGCUGGCCACAAGUGUCAAUAAGUUUCAGUUGCUAAACAAGCCGCUAAAGUGCCAAGCUCACGUGAUGAAAAUACGGCUGAAAACUUCAACGUAAAAGUGGGAGGGGAUACGAAUUUUUCUAAUUGGAUUUGCAAGAAGUGUACGAAUUUGUCCAGAUCAAUCGCGUCUGUGUUUAAUGCGUGCCAGGUGCACCACGAAAAAAUGCCAAAUAUUGCCAAAUAAGAAACCAAAUGGUGGCUACGCGUUAAACGAAUGCACAAACAAAAUGUAAGCUCGCCGCGGCUGCAAGCAGAGCGCGAGGCCGACUUCGAGUCCCCCUUUUACCCACACACGCCCACCGCCUCCGUGUCCUAUACAAUAAAUGCGCAAUACAAAGCAAAUUAGUUGCCGCCGUCUGCAGUCGACGUUGACUGCUGCGCUGCCGUCUCCUUUGCAUAGUUUUGUUUGUGUCGUCAACAAGGAGUGAAAAAUAAGUUUGCUGCGGCUGCUCCCCCCUCUCACCCCACCCCACCCCACCCCACACAGACUUUGAGCUAGCGCGCGCUUGUCUGUACGCGCGCGUGUGUGUGUGCGUGUGUGUGUGCGUGCGUGCAUUUGUGUGUGUGCGGGGAAAACAAAAGAAAAGCACAAAAACGAAAACAAUAACAAGCGCCAGGCGCACGGACAGCGCGUUUAUCAAAUAAAGCAAAUACAAACAAAAUGUGGACGCAGCUGCUCUGCCUGCUGGCGCUGCUCAAUGCCAGCUGCGCUUCGCCCGUUGAGAUUGUCGUACAACCAACUGAAGCUGGCCACAAAUCGCUGCCAGCGGCGGCAGCGACAACAACAACAACAAAUGAAACAGCUGGCGCUUAUCUAACGAAAUCGUCGCUGCCUUUUGCUGAUAACAGCGGCCAUGGCAACAACAACAGCAACAGCAACAACUCUGUGCCCAUACAAUUGCCCGCAACAGACGCUGCCUCAGGCUCUGCCGCCGUCGCCGCCGCCCCUCAGCAGCGAAUGUCGGUGCCAACUUAUCCGCCGCUGCAGAACAAGAAGCACGAGAAAACGAUCAAGUGUCAUUGCGAUAUCUGCAAGGAGACGAAUCACAUAUGCGAAACGGAUGGAUAUUGUUUCACCUCCGUGGAAAAGGACACUGAUGGCAAAAUAAUCUUCAGUUUUCGUUGCCAAGAUAACCGUUACGAAUGGUACCGCAAACCGCUCGAAUGCCUCACGAGUCUCGUUAAGCAAGAUACUUUUCGAAUUAGCUGUUGUGAUAAGGAUUUCUGCAAUAAAGAUGUGCUCAUGAAGAGGAUAUUUGACACAGAUUUUAUGCCCAAUAAGACACUGACUAGUUGGCAACUGGUUGUCAUCAUUGUGGGCGUCACCGUGAUUAUCUGCUUUAGCGGCACCAUGACCUGGUAUUAUUGUCAGCGCCGCAAGCGUUUGGCCAAUGGACGACCCUUCGCCAAGGAGGACUCUGUCUACGAUCCCAUACUGAAUGGCAACACUACGCUACAUGAUAUUAUUGAGAUGACCACCUCGGGCUCAGGAUCCGCUGGUCUGCCGCUGCUCGUACAGCGCUCCAUUGCACGCCAGGUGCAGCUGUGUCAUGUCAUUGGCAAGGGGCGUUUCGGUGAGGUAUGGCGCGGUCGCUGGCGUGGCGAGAAUGUCGCCGUCAAGAUCUUCUCCAGUCGCGAGGAGUGCUCCUGGUUCCGCGAGGCGGAGAUUUAUCAAACAGUCAUGUUGCGACACGAGAAUAUAUUGGGUUUCAUUGCAGCGGACAACAAGGACAACGGCACCUGGACACAGCUUUGGCUGGUCACGGACUACCAUGAGAAUGGCUCGCUGUUUGACUAUUUGACCACACACUGUGUGGACACCAAUGUCAUGCUGAAUAUGGCGCUGAGCAUUGCCACGGGACUGGCGCAUCUGCACAUGGACAUUGUGGGCACGCGGGGCAAGCCUGCCAUAGCGCAUCGUGAUCUCAAGUCAAAGAACAUACUGGUCAAGUCGAAUUUGAGCUGUGCCAUCGGUGAUCUGGGCCUGGCGGUGAGGCAUGUGGAGAAGGAUGACUCUGUCGAUAUACCCUCCACGCAUCGCGUCGGCACCAAACGCUAUAUGGCGCCCGAGGUGCUGGACGAGAGCAUGAAUGCCCAGCACUUUGACUCGUACAAGCGUGCGGAUGUCUACGCCUUUGGCUUGAUACUCUGGGAGAUAGCGCGUCGCUGCAACAUGGGCAUGAUCUAUGAGGAAUAUCAACUACCCUACUGGGAUGCCGUGCAGCCCGAUCCAAGCAUCGAGGAGAUGAAGAAGGUGGUUUGCAUUGAGAAGAGCCGGCCGAAUAUACCCAAUCGCUGGCACGGCUCCGAUGUGCUGCACAACAUGGCCAAGGUCAUGAAGGAGUGCUGGUAUCCCAAUCCUGUGGCGCGACUCACAGCGCUGCGCAUCAAAAAGACGCUGGCCAGCAUACGUGUCGAGGACAAGGUCAAGAACUGAUUGUGGCUCUAGUGCGUAGACCAAGAGUGGGAAAGCGUUUCAUUUUCGUUUGAUUUUGUUUUCGUCAUUGCAACUCGUGUAACCUGUAACCUGGCCCCGUGUUACCUUCAAGCGACAACAAAGCAGCAAAUGAAAACUAAGCUAACUAACCGAUACUAACAAAUACAUUGUAAAUACUUAGGUCUAACCAAAUACCAAACGCCGCCAACCCCCGCCAACCCCCACCAUCCCUCGCCCCACAAUUCCCAGAUUCAUACAAUGCCAAUCCACAUGCUUUGCAUAUGUAUAUGAACUGUGCUCGUUUUUAGAUUAUCUGUUGCAUUUCGCAUUGACUUUAUACUUUUGUACAUAUAUAUAUAUCUAUAUAUAUUUCGUUUGACAUUUUCCGCUGAGAUUCGCUUAGUUUUCCCGUACGUGCAGGCAGCGGCGCGCCACAAAAUCGCCGCACUGCCAAAUGUGCUAAAAAAAAAAAAAUGAAAAAGAAAAACACAAUUAGGGCCU